AUGGGAUUUUUGGGGCGACAAAAUAGAAAGAAUGAACGUUACAGCCCUGCUGAUGACGUUUCUGCGACGACGUUUCUCACAGUGGUCAUGUUCGCCUUUUGGUUGAACUGCUCAGAUUUUCUGGACCUACUGUUUUUCGCCAUCUGUGUUCCUUACAGUGUAGGCGUUGCAAAGGUAGUGAGCGCCGUUCUCGUUGCCGAUAUGAUCCGGCCCGAACACCUUCUGCCCGCUUGGAGCUUCGUGAACUCUCCAGAUGCACCAUUUUUGCUGGUCUGCGAGGUGAUUGCCCAGUUCAUGGUCGACGACACCGACCGUGUCAUCCCAUACUUUCACGCGCAAAUGUUUGCCGGUCUAUGCUCUUAUACUUAUACUUCUGUUGCGAGAAUUCAAGGCGCGGCGUGUGCUACAAGAAAAUCUCGAGAUGUCGCUCUGCAACUACGAGAGAAACUGCUACAAAGAUACUCAGCUUGA